CGACAGCACCUGAAAGCCUCAUAUGCCACAGCAGGUUUCGCGGAGGGGGAAGAGAGAAUCCUCAUUUGAGCUUUGUAACAACAUCCCUCUCUUAAGGAUAUAUGUCGCUAAAAUAACGCGCGAGGCGGUUGAAUUAAUAACGUUAGUUUAGUAGCCUAUUAUAUUUAAACCCGUAACGUAACACCGAGGUGAUAGGCUACCUCUUGAAAAUGCUUCAGUCUCUAGCCAGCAAUUCGUGUGUGCGGUUGAUACAAAGUCACAAAUCGACGUGGUAUUUUGUAUCUCUAGUCUUGGGGUAUAUCCUUUAUCUCAUAUUCGGCGCUGUUGUCUUUUCUUCGGUUGAGCUGCCUUAUGAAGACCUCUUGCGCCAGGAGCUGAGGGCCAUUAAAAAACAGUUCCUCCAGGAAAAUGAAUGUCUAUCCGAAGAGCGUCUAGAACGUUUUCUAAAGAAAGCCCUGGAUGCCAGUAAUUAUGGGGUUUCCAUCCUCAAUAACGCCUCAGCUAACUGGAACUGGGACUUCACCUCUGCGCUGUUUUUUGCGAGCACCGUGCUGUCCACCACAGGAUAUGGUCACACAGCACCACUGUCCGAUGGCGGGAAGGCCUUCUGCAUUAUCUACUCAAUGAUUGGCAUCCCCUUUACCCUCCUCUUCCUCACUGCUGUAGUGCAAAGGAUCAUGGUGUUCAGCACGCGGAGGCCAGUCAUGUACAUCCACAGGCGCUGGGGCCUGUCCAAGCCACUGGUGGCUAUCGUACACGCCACUCUGCUCGCCACUUUGGCCGUCUCUUGCUUCUUCCUCAUCCCCGCCGCCAUCUUCUCAGCACUGGAGGAGAACUGGAACUUCCUGGAGUCCUUCUACUUCUGCUUCAUUUCUCUCAGCACCAUCGGUCUGGGUGACUACGUACCUGGAGAGGCCUCUAAUCAGAGGUUCAGGGAGCUUUACAAAGUGGGGAUCACUGUCUACCUGAUCCUGGGUCUGAUAGUCAUGCUGGUGGUGCUGGAGACCUUCUGCGAGCUGCAGCAACUGAAGCAGCUGAGGAAGAUGUUCUACCUGAAGAAGGAGAAGCCGCAGGACCGCCUCGCCAUUAUGGAGCACGACCACCUGUCCUUCACUACUGUGUCCAACAGAGCCACAGCUUACACUGAGGGCAAAACCCCGACAUUUGAUAGUGUCCCAACUCUGGCCUCCCCCAAUGACGAUCCCAUGAUCCAGUAAACAUCGACACAGCAAACAUCUAUUGCAGGAUGAAAAUGGGAAAGUAGUGGGUAAUGCACGCCAGACUGUAGGUAGAUAGAAUGAGUAGAUCAAGUCUCAGCUGUAGGCAUUCUGCAAAGCUCAGCCCUGCAAAUUUUACUUGUAAAACUAGUUGAGACUAUUCAGAUCAAGCAAACAAGCUUCUUUAUCAAACCACAAUACUGACAAUAUAGGACUCUGCAGGAGAGAUUAAAUGUAUGCACAUUAAUCAGGGAGAAAAUUAAUAUUUUAACAGUGACUAUAAAGACAUAGCCAGCGAUAAAAGAAAAGCCUUCAGCUGUAUUUAUGACUCACAGGAGAUACGCUCCUUUAUGAGCUGUGAUAUUUAUUGCAUAUUUAGGAACAUUUUAGAAAAUAAUUGGUCUCUUAAAUCUCGCUGAAAGAUAGGGCAAUGCUCUAGUCUGUGACAAAAUAGAACAUAAACAUGUACGUAUCUUAUAAAUAGAGAUGCUUGACAGGUAUGUGGAAUGUACAUAAUCAGGUAAAUGUUUUAAGAUGUACAGUAUAGCUUAAAUUAACACACCUGAUAAAGAUGAGCCAAAGUGUAGCCAACACAUAAGAACAACUCAUGUAAUUAACUAUCAUUUGAGUUCAGUGUAAAUUAUUUUUUUUCAGAUAGAACUUUGACAGGAAAAUGUGGUCAAUGUACCAUGACAAGUAUUGCAUUCAGUUAACGUUAUUUUCAGGGGCCUGUUUUCCCAUUGUGUGUCAACUGACAGAGAGCUUGCAGUUGAUCCUGAACAAAGCAUCUGAAAGAAUAGACAAUACAUUUUAUGAAUUAGUGGUCUGAGCUCAGAAAAAGAUAUACUGAAAGUGUGCAAACAAACAGGUUUUGUUUAAAAAAUAAAAAUAAGAAAUAAAACCAAGAAGAAACUAAGAUAAGUUAGACUUUAUUAAUCCCACACCGGGGGAAAUUCCUGUGCUACAGCAAAGAAAAAAGAAAAGGAAAAAAAGAAAAAAUCAUAAGAAGAACACAAAAACGCAUUAAAUAGACAUGGGAGAAAACUAUUUACUCUGCAUACAUAUAAGAACAUAGUUUUACAGUCUAUGUUUUGCAGCAUUUUUGGCUCAUCUUUAUGGAGGCGUUAACUAUUCUUGUUGGACUUCACGUCGUCACACACUUCAUUGUGAGGGAUAGUAUUUGUCUGCGGAUGUGUGCGUGUGUGUGUUUUCUCUACAUGUUGCAGUGCUAUUUCAAUAUCCAUGUGUGAUGAUAAGCAGCACUAUAAUUUAUUGAUUUGUCUGGCUUAAUGUGUGCUGGACUGUUUGAAAAGGGAAGGAGAGGUUAGCCUAGCUUAAAAAAAGGGAACCACAGAGUGCUGACUGGCCCGUUGCAUUUUACUGUCAAUAAAGAGAGCUCAGUUUGCACGUGUACUGGAGCCAGGCAGUAGUACAGGGAGAAAACAUAACUGUUUGGGAUUUCUCAGAGAGAAAAGGGAAAUGAUUCCAAAGAUUUUAUCGGUAAAAAAGGAGAUCUUUUUUAAUGGAAAAAUAAUGGUACUUUUGAUGUGGAUGAUCUGUAAAGGCUCAAUAAUGGCGCUAACCUAAAAAAAGGCGCAAGAUGUCGAAAGAAACUAUUUUACUGUAUUUACAUAAUUUGAAUGUAGAAAUGUAUAUUUUUUGACAUGAGGAAGAUUUAAAACACUUUAGUAGUAAUUAAUGAAAGUAAUUCUCUACUAGAAACGGUGCAUUAGGGAAACUUGAAACUAAAAGUUAAAGCAGCAGGAGUGCAGCUAAAACAUUCCAGUUCUGAUUAUCUACAUCAGGUCUGCUCAUCAAUCAAGAAUAACUUUCCAAAAAUGUGCAUACUAAACUUGCACGUUUGUAUGACAUUUGACUGUGUUUUUAAAAAAAGAUUUGUAUCUGAAGGAAAAAUGUUGUGACAGAAGUACUUAAUUUCAUCCCCUUAUCCAUCCUGCAAUAUUCCGUUUGGCGAAAAUAGACACCCAAACGUACAGUGUAUCAUACUGCUGCAAUGCAGACUUAUUUGUCAUGAAUCCUAUUUUAGUACAUUUAAUAGAAAGACAUGCAUUUGUUAUACAUUUUAACUAUAUCUCAGUAUCUGGGUGGAGCUGAAGUUCUAACCUCAUCUUUCUCCGCUACAUUGCCACAUCAAGACACAGUCGCAGCCUUUUAUGAUGUCUUGAAUGUAACAUUUUUUAUGCCGUUUGCUACAGCAAGAUUUAAGGCCUGCACAGUGUGCAGCAUUACGCCUUGCUGCUCAGCUGGCUCUGUCAGUUUAGUGAUGACAAGUUGAUUUGAAAACAAUGUUUUCAUGACUGCUUGCAAAAUUAGCUUUAAGUGUGUCAUCAUCUGAGUUACUCACUGAUCUUUAAUAUUGUAUUUUAUAGAUCAGUGGGCUUGUAUUUUUUUUUUUUCACCAGUCUGGGCCUUUGUGUAAACUGUGAAGCAUUGCAACUGUUCAUAUUAUCUGCUGAGAAAAAAAGGAUAACUUACUUUUUUGCCAAGCUGGGGUUGCUCUUUUACUGUAAGAUGUUUCAUUGUUUUGUAGAUACAUUAAAAUAGAUUGAUGUCAAGGCUUUUACCCUUGACAUCCCACCCCAGCAUUACUGUUUUCGACAGUGUUUGUCAUGCACAUACAGUUUGUCUUGAGGGUGAGAGCUGUCAGGUAAAGUAGUUCUGUUCAGGGAGAAAAUGUUGUGUCAAGGAUUACAAAUGGAAGCACACUGACAUUAUUUAUUUAUGCUGACAAAAGUAACACAUUUAGGCAAUUUGGAAUCACAGGUUUCUGUACAUAGCUCUUCAGUUGUUUUAGUGCAUACUGUAGAUUCAUAUGCAUUGAUGAGUAUUUUAGUGUUACAAUACCAAUUUUGUAAUACAGCACCUAGGUUUUCUGUAAAAUUCAUUUUGGCAUAAAAAGUGAAUCCAUGAACUGUAAAAUAUCAGUGUGUCUUAAAUAAAGUGUUGGUUUAUUAUUA